CAUCUCUGUUUAACCGUAAUGUACUGUAUUCAUUUGGUAGAUUUUUAGAUUUGUUGUUUGUUUAUCUCGAACCUUUGUACCCAGCCAGCAGUGUAGAAAGCUAAGAUAAGCCGUAUUAACAAAACUCCUAGAAUAGUGCAUUAUUGUUUUAUAGUGGUUGGUAGAAGAUUACCCGUAGGUUAAAGAAUAGAAGAGCAUCACAAUGAAUAUGGACAAAUGGGUGCAGCUCAAUAAUCAAGCCGCUGGCAGAGAUAAAAUUGCACGACUAAUACAAUAUGCCUCUCGAGCUUUGUGGGAUUCUCUGGAGGCAGCCGACAACAGUCCGGCUAUGGUUGAAAACUUUAAAUCGUUGGAAUACAUUUUGAGUACAUUCCGUAAAUUGCUACGUUUUGGCAAGUGUUUGGAUGUAUUCUAUGCCAGUCUGAGAACAAUUCAUUAUCCAGACUUGGCCAUAAGGAUUACCCUCACCACAUCUAAACUGUCACAGGCACUAUUCUUGUUUGCGGAUCAUUUUCUAUGGCUGGCCCGCACGGGCCUCUUCAAGAGCGUUGACGCCAAGAAGUGGGGAAAGUAUGCCAACAAAUAUUGGUUGCUGUCAAUCAUUAUGAAUCUAUGUAGAGAUGUUUAUGAAAUAUUCCGUUUAAUGGAUCUACAUAAAGCUUCCAUGCGUAGUGGCAUUACACGAAGCAUUCCCUGUCGCAUACACUCUCCCAAGGAUUUCGGUCGUUUAGCUUUACAGUCAUAUGCAUUGGCUUUGGGACAUAAGGAUGUUUUGGUUGAUACGAUUAAGAACGUAUGUGAUUUCUUUAUACCUUUGACUGCUUUGGGCUAUACAAAAAUGAAUCCACGAACAAUCGGCAUGUUGGGAGCCAUAUCGUCCAUUGCAGGAUUAAUUGCUUUAGUCGAACCUACAGCUAAGCUAACGCCGGCAUAAGUAAUUAUUGAUUUAGAUGUUACACACUUUAUUAUGUAUGUUAUGUAUGUAUAUUAGCAGUAGUACUUGUUGAAACGAUAUACCUUAAUGUAUAAAUUAUUUUUUUAUAUAUAUAAAAGAGAUGUAUGUAAAUAUUUUUAUUGUAAGGUUGGAUUGGAUUCGAUAGCAAAUCCCACCAGUGGCUUUGAUCUGUCGAUUUUUUGGUAUCACAAUGAACGGAAAUUGACAGAUGGAUUGAAACUGCUACAAUUAACAGACCUAAACAAUGUGUUGAUUCCAUUAAUUCUACUAGGUUACUUUUGAUGAAUAGAUGGCAUUGAAAUAAGAGUGAUAAGGAUAGGUUUUAUCUUAUCUGCUGUGACAUUUAUUAAUAUUGCAAUACCCAUAGGAAAUGCCUCGAAGUAUUUAUCUAUCGUUCCUUCCGCUCAUCUGCCGAGACCACGAAUGCUUUUCAAACGACUAUACUUUUGAGCUUUGGUCGGACUCUUAUGGGUUACAUAUGUGAUGUUGAUCAGUGUAACCAGACAAUUUGAAAAGCAAUAAAAAAAAGCAAAUUAAGUGUUGAAUAUAAA